AUGCUCCGAUCACAGCUCUUGGCACUGCUCUUGGCCAGUGUUCUGUCGGUUGAAGGAGUCCAGCAGCUGAUAGAGCCUCGCAUUGUUGGUGGCUAUGUGGCGAACAUCAGCGAUCUGAAGUAUCUGGUGCAGGUGGCCACGGCGGAUGAAAUCUGUGGAGGUUCCUUGAUUACGACACGCUGGGUCAUCACGGCUGCCCACUGCGUCCAGCGGGUGAGCCUGGCGAAUUUGCAUGUCUAUGGUGGCACGUCCGAGCAAGGUGCUCAAAAUGCCAUACACCGUUUGGUCGACCUGGUUGCCAUUCCACCGGAUUUUAGCAUGAAAACGAUGAACAUGGAUGUGGCGGCAUUGUACCUCAAUCAGGACAUGGUCGGCACAAAUGUGCAGACAAUUGGACUGGCCAGCCAGCCGGUGCCGCCGGGCAGUCGGGUCAAAGUGUCCGGCUGGGGCGCCGUGAAUCCCGGCUCCUCGGAAACGGCACGUCACGUGCACAGCGCCAUAAUGCCCGUGUGGUCGCAGGCUGCCUGCCGUGCGGCUUACCGUGGCAUGCAGCACAUCAGCCGCACCAUGAUCUGCGCGGCGAAACCGUAUAGACGGGACUCCUGCGACGGCGACUCCGGCGGUCCGAUGGUCUUCCGCGGCGAGCUGGUGGGCAUUGUCUCCUUUGGCUACGAAUGCGCCGGCCGCUUGCCCGGCGUCUACACCAGCGUGCCAGUGAUAAGAAGAUGGUUUAUGGACGUCAUGGCAGAGUAUUCCUAA